AUAAGAAAUCUGCUAAUGAAAAAAAGGAAAAAACAUGCUACUCGGCGGGAGGUUCCCCCUAGCUUAGAGACCACCUCUGGCUCGGUGAACUUCUUCCAAGCUGCAACAAAAUCCCUAGGAAACAGGAGAGGCCUUGGGAAGAAGGACGGACACAAGCUCUGAACACAAUGACGAACGUCUCUCCUCGUUACCCUUCAUAAAGCUACCGAUGGCGAGAUCUCCCAAGAAGGAUUCACUGGCUGGGAAGGACUCAAGGAAGUGGAUGUCAUCUCGAUUGAGGAUCUUCUCCCAAGUGGAUUUCUCCCACAAACUUGGGAAGCUCACGGCGGGCAUAAUCCUCAAGGGAGGAAGCAUAGGCAAAGGACUAUUGAAAGCGAACCACCGCCUCCUUGCAAAACUCUCCACAUUGCAUGUCAGACGCACUCCUGAGAUGCUUCCUCCAAGAACGGUAAAGCUCCUCCAUCUGCUUCUUCUGGUCGAAGGUUGCUUGGGAAGCAGACACAAGAGACUACAUAAGAUUAAGAAGAAGAUAAGGACAAGGUGAAUCGGAUCGAGCUUAAACAUCAAUACUAAUUCAAAUUCUCACAAAUACGAAGUAUCAAAUAUCCAGCAAGAACAAAUUAAGGAAGAUUUUGAAUAUUAAUUAAGAUUUGAAGAUUAUACCAAAUAAAUACAUUUACACAAAUGAUUUUCGGGUUUUAGCACUAAAAUAUACUUCCAGAAAUGAGAUCCAAGGGCUAGGGUUCAAGAUUUAGUGCCGGCACCCCCUCCAUCAUCUCGAAGUCUCCUUUCUCUCACUCCCCGGGCAUGUUCGCAUUAAAUCGGAGCUCUUCCC